UCUCGUCAGAUCAGCCUUCAGCCGGAUCUCGUACUAUAAAGCCCGUAGAGAACACGUGUUUAUUUCAUUGAACGUUAUCAUCAGUAGUGAACAGACGUUACGUUGGAAAAAAAACUAUAAAUUAAAAUAUUAUCCCAUUCGAAAGUGGUUUUAAAAGUGACAAGUAUUUUUUAAUUCAAAUUUGGAAUGGUACAAAAUAUUCAUAAACAAUUUAAAAAAAACACUAAUUCACAUUUAAAAAAAUAAAAAAAGCAAUGUCAAAAAACAAUCAUAAAAACUUACCUAAGCCAUAAAGACCAGGAAAUAAAUAACAAAAACAAAAAAAGUUAAAAAAAAAUGGAGAACUGGACCUAUCACAUUGGGCUGCGGUCCCCAAACCUCACCAACACCACGGUGAACCUACAGGAGAACUUCGAAAUCGAUCUCGAAGACACCAACUGGAUCCUGACCUCAUCGUUCAUCAUCUUCACCAUGCAAACUGGUUUUGGUAUGCUGGAAUCAGGUUGCGUCUCAAUAAAGAACGAGGCUAACAUUAUGAUGAAAAACUUAGCUGAUAUUUCUCUUGGAGGUCUUACGUACUGGAUCUUCGGCUACGGCUUGUCGUUCGGCGAGGGUCCCCUCUCCAACCCUUUUGUAGGGGUAGGAAACUUCUUAGUAGACCCACCAGUCGGGGACGCGCUCAUGGGACCAGUCUUCGCCUCGUUUUUAUUCCAAUUGUCCUUUGCCACAACGGCUACAACUAUUGUCAGUGGUGCCAUGGCUGAAAGAUGCAACUUCAAAGCGUACUGCUUGUUCUCUUUUCUGAACACAAUCGUGUACUGCGUGCCGGCCGGCUGGGUGUGGGGACAACAUGGAUUCCUCAACCAGUUGGGGGCGGUUGAUAUAGCUGGCAGCGGACCUGUACAUCUUAUUGGUGGUUCAUCAGCCUUUGCAUCAGCGUUAAUGCUGGGGCCACGUCUCGGAAGGUACGCCAGGGGAACCGCUCCCUUGCCACUGGGUAAUCCGGUCAAUGUCGUGAUGGGGACGUUUGUACUAUGGUGGGGCUGGCUUGCCUUCAACUCUGGCAGCACUUAUGGCGUAAGUGGCGCGAAAUGGCAGUAUGCUGCACGAGCGGCCGUCAUGACAAUGAUGGGAUCCUUUGGAGGCGGAUGUUUUGGACUGUUUUUUACAUUAAUCAAGAACAAGGGACGCGCUGACGUGAUGGACCUAGUCAACAGUAUAUUGGGUUCGCUGGUUGCUGUCACAGCGGGUUGCUUCCUCUACCGAGCGUGGGAGGCGAUAGUGAUCGGUGUAGUGGGAGCGGCCAUCGUAUCAGCGAGUGUUCCUUUACUGGAUAAGAUGAGGAUAGACGACCCCGUCAGCGCGUCAGCUGUUCAUGGGGCUAGCGGACUUUGGGGUGUAAUAGCUGUUGGUCUCUUUGCUGAUAACCCUAUACCUAUGGACACCACGAAUGGAAGAUCUGGCUUAUUUAAAGGCGGGGGCUGGUACCUCCUGGGGGUCCAGACCCUCACGGGCGUGUGCCUGCUGGCGUGGGGCGCGCUCGUGACGAUGGCGCUGCUGUGGCUCAUCGACCGCGUGCUGACCAUCCGCAUGGACCCCUACGAGGAGCUGUUGGGCGCGGAUCUAACCGAGCACAAGAUCAGGCAUUCUCAGAUCGGCGUUUCUCGAGCUGUGUCAGCGCUACGUCCGUAUCACCGCUCACAUAGCAUUGAGGAAAUUGGCAGUAUCGGAGUGAACACUGGACAUAAUCUCGUGGUUGAUAGGCUGCAAGAGAUUCAAAAGAAAAAGAAAGGCAAAAUGGACGAAAACCUUAAAAUAUACACUAACAAUGGUUUCAUAGACGAAUCCUUUUCCGAAUCGAGUACAUUCAAGAACAACGGUUUUUUGAACAAACGACCUGGCAACCCUGAGAACGACCUCCACCGCGCUCUAGACUCUAUGGAAAACGAUAUUUACGGAAAAACUUUUAAAGCAAAAUCAGAACCAAAAUGUUCUACAAUAACCGUUAUACCGGAAGAUUUAAAAGGAAAGAAGUUUAAGGAGUUGUCUGUGAGUGAAUUGGAGGAGUUAGGUGAAAUGAAUGCGAGUCAAGAGAGAUUCAGAUAUCGAUAUACUGAAGACGAUUAUAAAAAUGACGUAGAUAGGGCUGCGCCAGUAAUGACAUGGAUCGAUUAA